AUGUCGUUCAGCUUGUCUUGGCAGCUGGUCGCGGCCUCUCUUCUAUUCUUCAUCUCCGUGAGAUAUGUCACGGGACGACGGGCGAAGCUCCCACCUGGACCGAGUGGACUUCCGCUUCUGGGCAGCCUCCACAAACUGCCACCGACGUACGUAUAUAAAAAGUUCUUCGAAUGGGGGCAGGAGUACGGAUCGGACGUCAUACAUGUCAAGCUCCUGCGGAAACGCACAAUCGUGCUCAACACCAUCGAGGCCGCUAGAGAUCUCCUCGACAAGCGCAGCGCGAAGUAUUCGGACAGGCCGAGCAUGGUCUUGCACUCUGACAUGAUCGGCCAGGAGGCCGCCCUGGUCUCAAUGCCUUAUGGCGAUCGCUUCCGAAGGCACCGUAAGUGGAUGUACGACGGUGUCGGGAACAAGGACAAGCUCAGGAGCUACGAGGACCUCCAGCGUGAGGGGGUCAACAACCUCCUACGAAACCUCCUCCACGACCCGCAUGAGUUCUUGGACCAUGUCCACUUGUAUUUCGCCGGUAUCAUGACUCAGAUAACCUACGGCAGGCGGGUCACCUCCCUUCAGGACGAACUUGUCCAGGCGGGCGAACGGUCCGUCGAAGGGGCGAAUGGCCUCGGAGGUCCCGGCGCCCAACUUGUCGACCUUGGGUUCCCUAUGCUUCAGCACAUUCCGAGCUGGUUCCCCGGUGCUCAGUUCAAGAGAGAUGCGCUGAGAGUACGCGAAUACGUCCGCGUAUGGAAGAACUUAGGUUAUGAUCUUCUCGCAGCUGAAAUGGCCGCAGACACCGCCGCACCAUGCAUAUACGCUUCGAUUUUGGCUGAAUUCGGCGGUUCUCCUCCCCCCGAUGUUCUGGACGACGUCAAGGGUUUACCGCCACUCAACGUAUACGGAGCGGGCGUCGAGACGAGCCGCGGGACACUCUCAACAUGGUUCCUACACCUUGUGCGCAACCCACAUAUGCUCCGAAAAGCGCAGGACGAAAUCGACAGGGUGAUUGGGAACGCGCGUCUGCCGGAGUUCGGUGACCGUGAAUCUCUGCCAUAUCUGAAUGCGCUGCUCGAGGAGACAUACCGUUGGAGUCCAAUUUUACCAAUGGCCGUCCCGCAUCGCGUCACCGCCGACGAUCAAUAUCGUGGAUACGACAUUCCCGCAGGCUCCACUGUUAUCGCGAACACAUGGGCAAUGACUCGCGACACUCGCUUCUACCCCGACCCCGAAGAAUUCAACCCCGAACGCUUCAUGGUUCCUGAUGAGAAAAAACAUGAACGCCUGAUGCCUAGCAGCUUUGUGUUCGGAUUUGGUAGAAGAGUCUGUCCUGGCCAGGCGCUCGCGGACCCUAGUCUGUGGCUUGCCAUGGCCAACAUCGUUGCUCUCUUUGACAUCAAGAAGGCCGUUGACGAGGCAGGUAACGAGGUUACGCCUCCUAUCGUCUUCCUGCCGGGCUUUACUAGGUUGGUGCUCACGCACAUGUAG